AUGCCGUCUGACACCAAGGUUAUCAGUCCAACGAGGAGAAAAACUUCUACGAGUUUCGCCAAGUCAGUUUUCCCCGUGCCUGAUACACCUCCUCAAAGUCGUCGCAAGUCUAAGCACGUUCGGUUCCCCGAGGAUGACGACAAACUCACCUCGUCAAUUUACGGUGCUGACGAAGCCUGGCGUGUAGACCCGGAUACGCCCAACGACAAAGUUGUGGAUGGUUAUGCGGCGUUCUGUGCGCGACUUAACCGACCACCCAUCUCGUCUAUCAUUGAACAGCUGUCAGUGGCGACCGUACACUUGGCCACAACCAAAAUCCCCGCCAUCAUCCUGAAAGGCACGCAGCUGUCAUUGAAAGACAUCGAAGCAUUGGAAUAUGUGUUCAAAUACUGCCAAGCAUAUCACAUGAGUUUUGAGAACACUAAUAUCGAUGACAAGUCCCUAGCUUGCCUUCUCGAUUCUUUGGACUACUUUGCCCCGUGUAGAGAACUCUGUCUGGCCAGGAAUAAACACCUCACCUCGGAAGGUAUCAAACUGCUGGGUAGUUUCCUCUCUAAGUAUCCGAUUCUCACGUGGCUCGACAUUCGUGGAAUCCCACUGCUCUACGCUGACGCCCAGGCCGUGGGCAUUGGCCUGCGUGGCCAGUACAACGUGGCGCGUCCGAUGGUGACGAAAUUCACCAAACUGCGCACCGGUGAUGAGCCACAGGACCCCGACGCACUUCGCGACAUGGAGGACGCCGAGGCGUUCAAGUGGCAGCUGCAGUACUAUCUGCCGAAGUCGCCCACUGACGCCGAACGAGACGCCGUGACCGCGGCUCUGCGAUGCCUUCCAGUCCUCUGCCUGCGGGGUCUCCAUCUCGGUGAGACGGGCAUUUGUGGGGAGGCGUUGGGGGAGGUUGCCGGGGCGAUACGCAUCGCCGGGCACCUUCGUGACCUGCGGCUGCCGAAGAACCGUCUUGGACCACGUGAUAUGGAGGUUCUUACUCCCCUGCUGCGCUACUAUCCCGGUUUACAGGUGCUCGAUCUCAGCUACAAUGACCUCGGAGACGAAGGCUUCAGAGUGCUCUCGAACGCCAUAUCACGACCCUCGUAUCCAACCUCGUGCUUCGACAAGCCAGAAGUCUCCAAUUCUAGCCGCCUCAGCUGCAACCUCCGUCGUCUGUACCUGGCAGCUUCUGGUUUGCGUCCGACCGGUGCAAACCACCUCGCCAACUGCCUCAACACCCUCGGCCACCUGACACACCUCGAGUUGAGCGACAACGUGGGUCUGGGUUGUCAGGGCCUCCUGGCGAUGCGCUCCGGUCUCCAGGCCUUCACGCGAAAACGCCUCCUGUAUCUGGGCUUGGCGCGCUGCAACCUCGCGUGCCAGGGCGCGAUCGCUCUAGCCGAGGUGCUUGGCGACAGCCCUCGGGUCAUUCGUCGGAUCGAUUUAACCGGCAACCACAUCGCUGAGGCUGGACUCAUGGCCAUCUCCAAGUCCGUUCCGCUCUGUCCUGAGUUGGUGCAGCUGCAGGGAUUGGAGGACAACCGACCAAUCAAGCAUUCGACGAACGGUGCGAGCGUCAACGGCCCCGCCACAUCCAGAUCGCAUCCCUCGUCGCCCCUGUUCAACGGAUUGAGCGCGCGUUUUUCUGCGUUCAAAUUCUCCCGAAAUAAUCCACCCUUCGCCGCGAAUGGCGAAGAGUCGUCGGUUCCAUCGAUCUGGAGUCGCCGACGCUCAUCCAGCCGCACCGUGUCUCUCUCGGAGCCCUCCCAACUCAGCCUGGACUUGCUUCGGGUCAUCCACGCGCAACUCGCUGCCAACGUGGACGAACGCAUCGCAGCCAGACGCAGAAGAUCCUCGAAGUCUCGACCGUCGAAAACCCUUCAGAAGGCCAAGACGUCUCUGGACAAGUCGACGGAGUUGCGGUUCUUCAGGGGCUACGUCCGAUUUCCCACCGCCACCGAUGCAGCCCUACGACAGUCUGACCCGCGUCACUUGUGCGGUGACACAAGCGAUAGCGAUGUGGACGUCGGUUCCACACCGCCUGCUCGUUCGCGACGUUCCUCGAGGAUGUCCACGGCAGACGAUGCUUCCUCAAUGGUACUGAGAUCGGAUUGUCUCACCCGAAUUGACUCCGAUGUCGCCAAGGUCAACACUUCCGUGUUCUGA